AUGUUUCGCCCUGUCAUUUCUCUCCUCUUCGCCGCAACAGCGUUUGCACAAACACCACCCGGAAGCUAUGCGCAUACUAAGCAUGCCCUCGGCGCAGCCUAUCAGAAUGCAACAAUAACCCCUGGAAUCUGGAUCAGCCCCAAUGACGUCAGCGAUCAACCUGCCAUCUGGCCUGCUACCAAGAAAAUGCGCAAAGACACCAAGUACAUGCUCUUCAUGAUGGAUCUUAACAUCCCAGACUCCGACGUCACUACUGCAGCAUACUAUGACACAUUGGUCCCCGGACUCGCUCCGAAUACCACCACCCGUCUCCAUUGGUGGGGUGGAAACUAUACCAUCGAGGACGGCAACUUCGUCAACUCCAGUGCUGGUCUGGCGCCGUACACUGCUCCCCGUCCUCGGGAUAGCACCAACCACACCUACGCUUUCUACCUGUUUGACCAGCCUGCCAGUUAUGCUCCUUCAAAAGCUGCGCUGGAUGGCACUUAUUACUCUGAAAUCGGUGAUGCUCGCUUCAACUUUAGCUUGACUCCGAUUGUGGAAGCUGUUGGGGAGCCUGUUGCUGCGACAUUUUUUUUGAGUGACGAGGUGUAG